AAUGCACGCAGAUUCAUUUCUAAACAACAAAUAUUCUAGUUUUAAUCGUUCUUUAUGUAAAAUUAAAUCUUAUUCCUUUUAACAUUAUUCAACACAUAAAGUUCGUCCUAAUUUCAAAUUGAAAAUAAUAAACAAUGACGUCAUAAUGGUCAAUUAAUAUAACUAAUCCCCCAAAAACAUUUAAAACAAUAAUCUCUUUUCACAACCGAUAACUAAAUAAUCAUUGUUAAAAUCUGAUUGA